AUGUCAUCCAUAGCUUCGGAAUCAUGUGGUGAUGAUUUGGAGAGUUAUGCCUCUAGUAAUGGAGGAUAUAACUAUGAUAGUGAUGGAGGCUACGGAGGAGAUGAUAUGACUUAUGACCAUGAUCGAUAUGGUAGUGAAGAGUACAUCUCCGGAGGUGAAUAUGAGACGAGUGGAUCUCAUGGGCCUUAUAAAGAAGAAGACAAAGGAGUAGAAGAGUUCUAUGAAGAAUCAUAUGGUGAAGAUGAAGAUUCUCAUACUACACACCAUGGACAUGGAAGCGACUUGAGGUAUAUUCCUUCCUCGCACUUAUGUUAUGAACCAAUUGGUGAAGACUUGCAUGGAUUGGGAAGUUGUGAUGAAUAUGAGUCUUAUGGUCAUGCACUUUGUGGUGAAUAUACACGUGAAGAUAGUGGAUUUGAACAUGACCCUUGUGAGGAAUCUUCUAGUAGGCAUUCAUAA